CUUCUCUCACGGUACCACAUACACCCACGGUGCAUAGGCUACAUGCUAACUGUCAUCACACAGUGAAAUCACUGGCAUUAUGCCUCCACAUACGUAGCAAACAACACUCAAACAAUGUGUAAGAGAGCAGGAGAGAAAGAGGCCCAAUCAAUUUGUUUUUCACACAUUUUUCUGUGUAUAUUUAUCUAAGCCGUGUUUUCUUUAACUCUGGGUUUGGAAAGACCAGUACUUCAUUUUUUUGUGUGGUUUUAGCCAAUCCUAUUGCGGUUAACGUGUGGCACUAGAGCCUCUGACACACACGCCCGCAGUUUCUGUUCCUCUUCUCCAGAAGUGUUGUGUGUGUCUCUCUCUGUGUGUGUGUGUGUGUGUGUGUGUGUGUGUGUGUGUGUGUGUGUGUGUGUGUGUGUGUGUGUGUUGGCCAGUAUAUGUAGACAGUUGUCGUGAGGAAGCAGGCCAGGGAGGAGAGGAGGAAGUGAGAGUCAGCUGACAGGAAGUAGAAGUGUGUGAAAAAACCCUCAUUUAAAAUCUAAACACGCAAUACUCCAGUGGAGGCUGCUGAGGGGAGGACGGCUCAUAAUAAUGGCUGGAACGGAGCGAAUGGAAUGACAUCAACCACAUGGAAACCAUGGAAACCAUGUGUUUGGUGUAUUUGAUACCAUUCCACUCCAGCCAUUACCACAAGCCCGUUCUCCCCAAUUAAGGUGCAACCAGCCUCCUGUGCAAUACACUACAGUAUAUAAGGGAGUGUUUCACAUUACACGUAAGAGACCAGCAAAAUAUUGACAUUGACAGGAAUUAGCUAUGUCUCCAAAAGUGAUGUCAACAAAUCACAUGAGAUGGAGAUGGAAUCAGAGAUGGGUGUAUGGAGAGAUGGAGAAAGAGGAGGGAGGUAAAGAGAGAUGGAAAGACAAAGAGAGAAUUGAAAUACCCCAAAAGAUACAUGAGACGCGAGAGAGAAACGGGGAUAAGGAUGGAUGGAUAGAAGGAGAGGAGUCAGAAAGAGAGGGGCAGGCCCCAGUCCUUCCUGUGUGUGUCUCUCUGAUCCUAAGGCCACAAAAAUAGCAACAGGAGCACUGCCAGCGGAAACCGUUAUUAAGUCAUUCAAGACCUCUCUCUUUCCCUCCCUCUCUCUUUCUCUCUCUCUUUCCCUCCUACUUCUCUUUUCAUAUCUGUGAAAAUCUGAGGCAGCUGGGGCCAUGGGCUGGGUGUAUGUGUGUGUCAGAGGCAGCUCUGUGUGUGUGUGUGUGUGUGUGUGUGUGUGUGUGUGUGUGUGUGUGUGUGUGUGUGUGUGUGUGUGUGUGUGUGUGUGUGUGUGUGUGUGUGUCCAGUCUGGUUGUCAGUAUGUGGCGUGCCAACCAGAGUGGGUUGGCAUGCAGUCAGUGUGGGGUCUGUCCUGAGGCUAUGGGCUUUGUGUGUGUCAGUGAGUGGGUGGGUGGGUAUGUGUGUAGGAGUGUGUUCUCUCCAUCCAGUGUGUGCCAGCUGAGGCCACCUGACCGAUUCCAUUCGUCCCAUCUGUCCAAAUGUAAUCUUGGACACCCAGAAAUAAAACACUUGCGUCAGAUGCUCUAAUUAAGUUAUGGGGGAUACGUGUUAGAAAAUGAACUAACGAGACUAGAGAAGUCUCCGCCCCCAAGACGUAAACUCUCAGUCACCUUCGGGCCUAUCAGCCAAAUGUCCCCUCCCAUUCCGAAAUGACAUUGGAAAGAUGUGAGCACCUGCAAAAUCGGGAUUUGUCCAAAUGAUGAGUCUGUUGGCAGAUACCUGUUAUGUUAGAACAAGAGAUGGGGAUAGAGAGCAAGAGAGAGAGUAAAAUCAUGAUACAUUUUUCAGUCUCUGUGUGUGCGUGCGUGUGUGUGUGUGUAAAGCUUACCGUAUGCGUGUAGGCGAGUGACUAUGCAUAUGUCUACAUGUGUGUGGGAAUGCAGUAAAAAUGAAUGAACCGCAGCAGCAGCAGCCCCGGAUACACAGACCCGCCUCCAGCCACCCACCCAGCCAUGUGUGACUCCUGCCCCAGAUCAGAGCUCCGAAGCCUGGGGAGGGGAGCCAAGAAAGGAGGGGGUCUUGGCACUGGGCCUAGGCCUCAGUGUUUUGUUCUUGGGGGAGCUGGCUGCACUUAAAAAGGCCAUUGACGUCUUGGCUGCUGUGUGCAAUUUGCUUCCCCUCUCUGUCUGCAGAGUAACACACACACACACACACACACAUACACGUACACACUCUUGUCUGCAAGUCUGAGGGCGAUCACUGGCAUUUAUUGGACCACAGGGAAAAGAACCGGCUGCCUAAGAGUACACACACACACACAACCCCCCCCCACCCUUCCUACGCCCCCUCACUAGGCUAAUCACUUCCUCUCCUCUCUGUCUCCAUCUGACCAUCUCUCUCUCCAUCUUUCUCUGCUUUAUUCCCUCUUCCUCUCCCUUCCUCUCUCCUCCACUCUUCCCACUCACUCCAUCUCUCUCUUUAUCUUUCUGUCCAUCAUCAUGUCCUGGAUCUUUUACUAUUUAGUAAAUGAUGGUGUAGUGAGUGGUGUCAUGAGUGAAGGUGUAGUGCGUGAAGGUGUAGUGAGUGAUGUAGUGAGUAAAGGUGUAGUGAGUAAAGGUGUAAUGAGUAAAGGUGUAGUGAGUAAAGGUGUAGUGAGUAAAGGUGUAAUGAGUAAAGGUGUAGUGAGUAAAGGUGUAGUGAGUAAAGGUGUAGUGAGUAAAGGUGUAGUGAGUAAAGGUGUAAUGAGUGAAGGUGUAAUGAGUAAAGGUGUAGAGAGUAAAGGUGUAGUGAGUAAAGGUGUAAGGAGUGAAGGUGUAAUGAGUAAAGGUGUAAUGAGUAAAGGUGUAAUGAGUGAAGGUGUAAUGAGUAAAGGUGUAAUGAGUAAAGGUGUAAUGAGUAAAGGUGUAGUGAGUGAUGUAGUGGGUAAAGGUGUAAUGAGUAACGGUGUAAUGAGUAAAGGUGUAGUGAGUAAAGGUGUAAUGAGUAAAGGUGUAAUGAGUAAAGGUGUAGUGAGUAAAGGUGUAGUGAGUAAAGGUGUAGUGAGUAAAGGUGUAAUGAGUGAAGGUGUAAUGAGUAAAGGUGUAAUGAGUAAAGGUGUAAUGAGUGAAGGUGUAAUGAGUAAAGGUGUAAUGAGUAAAGGUGUAGUGAGUGAUGUAGUGGGUAAAGGUGUAAUGAGUGAAGGUGUAGUGAGUGAAGGUGUAGUGAGUGAUGUAGUGGGUAAAGGUGUAAUGAGUAAAGGUGUAGUGAGUAAAGGUGUAAUGAGUAAAGGUGUAGUGAGUGAUGUAGUGGGUAAAGGUGUAAUGAGUAAAGGUGUAGUGAGUGAUGUAGUGGGUAAAGGUGUAAUGAGUAAAGGUGUAAUGAGUAAAGGUGUAAUGAGUAAAGGUGUAGUGAGUGAUGUAGUGGGUAAAGGUGUAAUGAGUAAAGGUGUAAUGAGUGAAGGUGUAGUGAGUAAAGGUGUAGUGAGUGAUGUAGUGGGUAAAGGUGUAAUGAGUAAAGGUAUAGUGAGUAAAGGUGUAAUGAGUAAAGGUGUAAUGAGUAAAGGUGUAGUGAGUAAAGGUGUAGUGGGUAAAGGUGUAAUGAGUAAAGGUGUAGUGAGUGAUGUAGUGGGUAAAGGUGUAAUGAGUAAAGGUGUAGUGAGUGAUGUAGUGGGUAAAGGUGUAAUGAGUAAAGGUGUAGUGAGUGAUGUAGUCGGUAAAGGUGUAAUGAGUAAAGGUGUAGUGAGUGAUGUAGUGGGUAAAGGUGUAAUGAGUAAAGGUGUAGUGAGUGAUGUAGUGGGUAAAGGUGUAAUGAGUAAAGGUGUAGUGAGUGAUGUAGUGGGUAAAGGUGUAAUGAGUAAAGGUGUAGUGAGUGAUGUAGUGGGUAAAGGUGUAAUGAGUAAAGGUGUAGUGAGUAAAGAUGUAGUGGGUAAAGGUGUAAUGAGUAAAGGUGUAGUGAGUAAAGAUGUAGCGGGUAAAGGUGUAGUGAGUGAUGUAGUGGGUAAAGGUGUAGUGAGUGAUGUAGUGGGUAAAGGUAUAGUGAGUGAGGGUGUAGUGAGUGAGGGUGUAAUGAGUAAAGAUGUAGUGGGUAAAGGUGUAGUGAGUGAUGUAGUGGGUAAAGGUGUAGUGAGUGAUGUAGUGGGUAAAGGUAUAGUGAGUGAAGGUGUAGUGAGUGAGGGUGUAGUGAGUAAAGAUGUAGUGGGUAAAGGUGUAGUGAGUGAUGUAGUGGGUAAAGGUGUAAUGAGUGAAGGUGUAGUGAGUGAAGGUGUAGUGGGUAAAGGUGUAAUGAGUAAAGGUGUAGUGAGUAAAGGUGUAAUGAGUAAAGGUGUAAUGAGUAAAGGUGUAAUGAGUAAAUGUGUACUGAGUAAAGGUGUAGUGGGUAAAGGUGUAAUGAGUAAAGGUGUAGUGAGUGAUGUAGUGGGUAAAGGUGUAAUGAGUAAAGGUGUAGUGAGUGAUGUAGUGGGUAAAGGUGUAAUGAGUAAAGGUGUAGUGAGUGAUGUAGUGGGUAAAGGUGUAAUGAGUAAAGGUGUAAUGAGUAAAGGUGUAAUGAGUGAUGUAGUGGGUAAAGGUGUAAUGAGUAAAGGUGUAGUGAGUAAAGAUGUAGUGGGUAAAGGUGUAAUGAGUAAAGGUGUAGUGAGUAAAGAUGUAGAGGGUAAAGGUGUAGUGAGUGAAGGUGUAGUGAGUAAAGAUGUAGUGGGUAAAGGUGUAGUGAGUGAUGUAGUGGGUAAAGGUGUAAUGAGUAAAGGUGUAGUGAGUAAAGAUGUAGUGGGUAAAGGUGUAAUGAGUAAAGGUGUAGUGAGUGAUGUAGUGGGUAAAGGUGUAAUGAGUAAAGGUGUAAUGAGUAAAGGUGUAGUGAGUAAAGAUGUAGUGGGUAAAGGUGUAAUGAGUAAAGGUGUAGUGAGUAAAGAUGUAGAGGGUAAAGGUGUAGUGAGUGAAGGUGUAGUGAGUGAAAGUGUAGUGAGUAAAGCUGUAGUGAGUGAAGGUGUUGAGAGUUUUACACACUCACAUAAAACUACUUCACUCACAUCUCUCUUCAAUCACACCCAGUAUAUACAUCUGUAAUGUUUCAGUUUCUACCUGUUCAGCAGAUGCUGGAGUGAAACAACCUCCGGCGUGUGUGUGUGUGUGUGUGUGUGUGUGUGUGUGUGUGUGUGUGUGUGUGUGUGUGUGUGUGUGUGUGUGUGUGUGUGUGUGUGUAACCCUCUCCCAACGUGUGUGUCUGUGGGUGGUGGGAUAGGCAGAAGAUAUAUUUCCAUUCUAAUGAAAUGAAUGAAUAAAGUAUCUGUUCUAUUCUAA